UCUAUUCUUGGAAGAUCCGCCCAAAAGGAUUGUGUGGCCUCCCGCUUGCCACUCCCUUCAGUCCCUUGAGCCGUUGAUCACGUUUUUUGUUUCUCUCUCUCUCUCUAUAGUAGGCAACUGGUAGUUCUCCCUUCAUAGAAAGAUUCACACCAAGAAUUUAUAAAAAAAAAAGGUUGAUCCCCAACUUUAAGGCCCCCAGACCCUGUCUUGGGCCAUCGUGGAGGAGGUAAAUCGCAGGAUGUGCCUCCCAGGAGCCAGCGUAGAGAGCACAUGGAUAGGCCAAGGCUGUUUACCCAUAUGAUAACUCCCGCUUGCAACAAAGCCAAUUCCACCUUGGGGGAAUCGAACUCUGCACACUGUCGCGCUGAGCCCUAUCCACCCUCCCUUUGGCACUGGGAGAUAUGCCCUGGGGCACACCAAGAAUUUAUAAGUAGGUGCGUGGUGGUUACUGGUUAGGUAGCAAAUGCUAAUUCAGUCGGAAUUUAACGAGAGUAGGUCUAUAAAACAAUUAAAUCCGUAGUUCAAAAGAGGAAAUUAUAACUCAGUAGUGUUUAUUUUCCGGCAAUGAAACUUGCCGGAGUAUUCACCGGUGUGUUCCUUUUGGUGGCGAUAUACUGUGCCGUGGACCCGUACAAGCACAGUGCGAUAUCUGAAUUCCCGGAGUUUGAGGCGUUUAAGAUCGAAAUGCCGGCGUGGUCUGAAAUCCCACUUGAGAAAGACCCUGAAAAUUUGUUGCAAAAAUCUGAAAUCAAGUUCUUGAACCAAGUUCAAGGGCCGGAGAGCAUAGCGUUCGACCAGGCCGGCCGCGGCCCAUACACUGGGGUGGCUGAUGGGAGGGUUGUCUUUUGGGAUGGUGUGAAAUGGACAGAUUUUGCUUACACUUCGGCUAAUCGGUCUGGACUAUGUGACCCAAAACCAUCGCCCAUUGGCUAUUUGAAGAACGAGCAUAUCUGUGGAAGGCCAUUGGGUCUAAGAUUCGACAAAAGAACUGGUGAUUUGUACAUUGCAGAUGCAUAUUUGGGGUUGAUGAAAGUUGGGCCUGAAGGUGGUUUAGCAACGUCCCUGGCAACUGAGGCCGAAGGAAUUCCUCUCGGGUUUACUAAUGACUUGGACAUUGACGAUGAAGGGAAUGUCUAUUUUACCGAUAGCAGCACCAAAUUCCAAAGAAGGAACUUCAUGCAGUUGGUUUUUUCUGGAGAAGAUAGUGGGAGAAUGCUGAAGUACAAUCCCAAGACAAAAGAGACUACUAUUCUUGUUCGGAAUCUCCAGUUUCCAAAUGGUGUGUCCCUAAGUAAAGACGGAUCGUUUCUUGUGUUCUGUGAGGGUUCAAUUGGCAGGUUGCGGAAGUAUUGGUUGAAAGGUGAAAAGGUCCACACCUCUGAAACAAUGGCCGUGUUGCCUGGAUCUCCCGAUAAUGUCAGAACAAAUGAAAAGGGUGAAUUUUGGGUUGCAAUCCAUUGUCGUCGAUCUAUAUUCGCUUAUCUAUCCGCUCUAUACCCGAAAGUCCGGAAAUUCUUGCUAAAGCUUCCAAUAGCUGCAAAGAUCCAUUAUCUCAUGACAAUCGGAGGGCGCCUUCAUGCCGUUGUAGUGAAGUAUAGUCCAGAAGGUAAGCUUUUAAAGAUUUUGGAGGACAGGCAAGGGAAAGUUGUUAAAGCAGUAAGUGAGGUGGAGGAGAGGAAUGGGAAGCUUUGGAUGGGGAGUGUUUUGAUGCCAUUUAUUGCAGUUUAUGAAUUAGACUACGGCCCCGUUUGAUUGAGGAUAUUUCCCUGGAUUUCCAUUUUCCAAAUUUUGUAUUGUUUGAUAACAAAAGUUUUCCAUGAAUUCAUUUUCCACUUUUUCCCC